CGUGACGUUGGCUACGUUGGUCACAUCCGGAUCACGUGACCAGAUGAGCCAAUCCCGUGUCGAUGUGUCGUUAACCCGGUAGAGACAAAAAUGUCCGCUCAUCCAGUUUAACUUCCUUCGACGGAGUCUUGUCAAGCGGCAAAAUGCUGUCUUCUGGAGACUUGCAACUUCAAGGCUGUCUGCGUAAACUGGAAACUCUUUUGCGGGCAGUAAAGUACCCUGGAAAUGUUGACUACUGCGGUGGUGCUGGAGCCUAUCUCAGCUGCAUUCGGGCGGAAGGCGGCGUACACCCUGGACAAGUCGCCAUCUCAUCGCAGGGCCAACAUACAUACAUACAGUCAAGAAAAUAGCCUGUCCAAAGGAGACCCCUCAGCUUUUCUGCCAAUUUUGAGCUUCACGCUCACCAUCUUCUCUCCACCUUUUGCUGAGCAACUUCUGACAGCUGGACUGGAGCUGACCGGCAAGACUGACCUGCGGUUCACUGACUCACUCUAUAAGAUUCUGCGAGACAUAUUCCACUAUAAACCUGUCCUCUCUAAGCAACAAUUCCUGCAGAAGGGUUUCUGUCAAAAAAAGAUUUCUACAGUUUGUGACAUCAUUGACUUGGUCCUGAAGAGGCACACCGAGCUGAAAAAGCCGAGAGUCAGAAAUCCUGUGUCACACAAGCACACCAGAGGAGAAGAUCAUCCAUCACUUACCAAGCGGGAGAUUGUUAAUAUAGUCUCUGUCCGCCCUCAUGUUGUUAAUCACAUGCAAAAAGAGGAAUCACCACCACAUCACAGUGAAAUGCUGCCCUUGAAUGAUGACGUGUUUUCAUCCGAUUCUCCUAAAAACGUGAACGCCCAGCUUGAUGAACAUGAGCAGCAGGAGGAGGAAGAGGAGGAGGAAGAGGAGGAGGAGGAGGAAGAGGAGGAGGAGGAGGAAGAGGAGGAGGAAGAGGAAGAGGCGGUCUUUUCUUCCAAUGUUGAGGAAAGGCUUUCUGCUAUGGAAGUUAAAAUUGAAAGUCUUCUUUGUGGUCUUCAAAGGCUCAGUGCUCUGGAGGAACAUCUGGAGGAGCUAGAGAACCGAAAUAACCAUGAGAAAAAGGAGGAAGGAGAAGUCAUCACAAUACCUCGAGAGAGCUGGGAAAAUCUUAUUCAUAGAGUAUUUUUGCUGGAAACCAAAAUGGAACUGGGCUUUGUAAAGUCGUGUGUACCUCCAACAUGCCAGACCUCUUCUGCACCACCUUCUGAUGCUUUAAAGGAUGAUUUGAAAGACAGACUACAUCGGAUCAACAGCAUGCUGAAGAGUACCUCCACGUUGAUUAAUACAGAAUCCUCCACAGAAAACUGAUCGAUGGUUGCAGUCACAUUCAAGUAUUCACAGAAGCUCAUGUUCAUUUUCUGGUUGGUCUUGAGCUAGUGUGAAAAUGUAGGUAUCUUUUUGAGAAAGUUAAAAGGUAUAGAUACUGUACAAACAAAGCAUCUGUGAUGGUAUGGGGGUGUAUUAGUGCCCAAGGCAUGGGUAACUUACACAUCUGUGAAGGCACCAUUAAUGCUGAAAGGUACAGACAGGUUUUGGAGCAACUUACAGUAUGUUGCCAUCCAUGCUUAUUUCAGCAAGACAAUGGUGUUGGGUCAUGUUUUUAUUUAGCGAAAUUCCAAAAAGCCCUGAAUUGUCAUUUAAAGGUGCUGUGAAUGGCAAUAUUUUCCACAAUGAUGGGCUGGCAAUUGAUUCAAUUUUGAAUAAAAUCAAUCAUUAAUGUUGCUAUGUUGAGCUCUGCAUUGUUGAAGACUCACCAAGCACCCAUUCACACUUGCUGCCUGUUAGAUAUUAGAAGUAAAAUAAAUGCAGUUUUUCCACCAAUUUACAGAGAUGAGGUGGCGAGGGCAUCAACUAUUCGCCUUACCUCCAAACUCUCUCAGUGAUCGUUGUCUCUAUAUACCAUAGCUAGAUUAAAUGUGUCUUGAAACCACAAUUUAUGUUUCCUGUCAGUGUUUGUUGAUAUUAGAUGUUUAUGUUGUAAUUCCUUGGCUGUUUCUGCCACAUCAUGUCAUUAGCAGGAGGCGGAAAUAGGUUUGUUAAUAGGACGCACAAUGUCUUUUUAAAUGAUUUAUUUUGACACAGACUAAUUAGAUACACCAUGUAAGAAUGUGAUUAUGCUGUCAGUGUUAUAAGUUGUGUAAAUGUUACUAUGUGAGCGUGAUGUGAUGAAUUUUUGGAGGGUCUUUUAACUUCUGCUUAAGAGACGUAUGAUGUAAUUUGCGUUGUGAAAAAAUAAAACAUGUCUUUUUUUUACCAAAUUA